GCUUUCCUCACCCUGCGUACCAUCUCUGCGUCAGUUUGCCAGUUCAGCACGCGCUACCCUUCUAUACCUCCUCACUUGUCGUAUACCACCCACAUUCUUGCGCCCCAUACCCUGAACUCUCUUCUAACCGCAUCAACAUCAUGUCUUCUCAAGCACCUACUUCUAAUUCCUCUCGUUCCACCACAUCGAGCAGGUCCCUCGCACACGAGCAGCUCAUAGCUCUGCCAAGCUUAGCAUGCUCGCUGUCAUCAUUACCCCAAGCUAAAAGCGUCGACUCCGUAUCGCUGCAUCCAAGUUCGAUGUCAGCGCAACGAGCCGCCGAGAGUGAAGCCAAGUUGAGAAAGGUCCUCUCGAAGUCCUCACAUUCAUCUAUACCCUCUGCCUACAUGCCUGCACCGUCAUACUCUCCGGGCUCCAAUGAUCCCCAAUUAACGAUGCGGAGAGCUCAAAAAGCAACAAAGAUCCAAGUCUGAUCGUUAUGCAUUCUCUAUCCCUCGUCUCUCCUCUUUCCUCGCGCCAUAGAACUCCGGCUUUUCUCUUUCUCGUUUUGGGACUUUGCAGCACACCUUUCCCCCCUUACAAAAGCUCUCGACCCCAUUCUCAUGCUCAUCUAUCGCUCGUUUCUCUUCCGCAUCUCUAGAAGUUCUUUCGUUUCCUUAUAUCCAUGGCAUCGAUACCGCACGCUUAUUCCCUCUCACUCUCUCGCAUCGCUUUCUUCGCAUCCGUAUCUAUACUCUUCGCAUCUGGCCGGGGCCAACUGGGUUUCUAAUUCUAUUCGCAAUCCUCUAUCGCUAGUGUUACUCGCAUCAAUACAUACAGUCAAAUAUCUUUAACAGUACCGUCUCUUGCGCCCGCCUAAGCUCCUUUGCUCAGUCCGUCCAGAUUGCAAUAGCUCACCUUUCUGGUUAGCUAAGGUCACUCGGCGAAUAGAGAUCCACAAGACAU